AUGUCCAUCCUCCCUGCUCUUCUCUGCCUUGGGCUGAGUCUUGGCCAGAAAACCCAUCUGCAGGCAGGGAACGUCCUCAAGCCCACCAUAUGGGCUGAGCCAGGCUCUAUGGUCCCUUCAAGGAAAUCUGUGACCAUCUGGUGUCAGGGGACCAGGAAGGCCCAGGAGUAUCAUCUGUAUAAUGAAGAAAUGAAUACACCUUUUGACACACAGAAAACACUGGAACCCAGGGACAAAGCCAAGUUCUUCAGAGAACAAAUCAUUGCAGGAAGAUAUCAUUGUAAAUACCUCAGCCCCACUGGCUGGUCAGAGCCCAGUGAUACCCUGGAGCUGGUGGCAACAGGAAUCUACUACAAACCCAGCCUCUCAGCCCUGCCCAGCCCUGUUGUGACCUCAGGAGGGACUGUGACCCUCCAGUGUGGCUCGUGGAAGAAGUUUGACAGGUUCAUUCUGACUAAGGAAGGAGAAGACAGGCUCUCCCAGACUCUGGACUCACAGCACCAUCCCAGUGGGCAGGUCCAGGCCCUGUUCCCUGUGGGCCCUGUGAUCCCCAACCACAGGUGGACAUUCAGAUGCUAUGGAUAUUUUAGGAAGUACCCCCAGGAGUGGUCUCACCCCAGUGACCCCCUGGAGCUCCUGGUCUCAGGUGGCUCAGGAAAGCCCUCCCUCCUGACCCAGCAGGGCCACAUUGUGGCCUCUGGACAGAACCUGACCCUCCAGUGUCUCUCUGACCUCGGCUAUGACAGAUUUGCUCUGUCCAAGGAGGGGGGACAGGACCUCCCCCAGAUCACUGUCCUGCAGCCCCAGGCUGGGCUCUCUCAGGCCGACUUCCCCGUGGGCACUGUUAGCAGCUCCCAUGGAGGCCAGUACAGGUGCUAUGGUGGACACAGGCUCUACUCUGAGUGGUCAGCCCCCAGUGACCCCCUGGACAUCCUGGUGGCAGGAUGGCUCCCUGACAGACCCUUCCUCACUGUGCAGCCAGGCCCCAGAGUGACCUCAGGAGAGAACGUGACCCUGCUGUGUCAGUCACAGAGCCCGAGGGACACUUUCUUUCUGACCAAGGAAGGGGGAGCCGAUCUUCCCCUGCGUCUCAGAUCACAGUCCCCAGCUCAGCAGCACCAGGCAGAGUUCUCCAUGGGUCCUGUGACCUCAGCCCAUGGGGGUACCUACAGGUGCUACAGUGCAAACCACAGCAGCCCCUACCUGUUGUCACAGCCCAGUGCCCCCCUGGAGCUUCUGGUCUCAGAACACUCUGGAGGACUCCGCCCCUCACCCACAGGGCCCAUCCCCAAAGCUGGUCUCCAAUGGUACUGGAACAUGCUGAUCGGGGUUUGGGUGAUCCUCAUUCUGCUGCUCUCCCUCCUCCUCUGCCUCUUCCGACACCAGCAUGAGAACAAAGGCAGGACAUUGGUUGCUGCCAUGAAGGACCCACAACCCAGGGAGAGGAUGGAGCUGGACCCUCAGGAUGUGACCUACGCCUACCUGAACCACUUGGCCCUCAGGCAGGAGACAAGUGCACCCCCUUCCUCCCCAUCAGAGGACCCCCCCGAUGAGCCCAGUGUGUAUGCUGCUCUGGCCGUCCACUAG